GGCGAGGCGGGCAGCUUCAGCAGCAGCCGCCGCCCGAAAGGCUCGCGGCGCAGUAAGCGACAAAAAGCCAGAGCUCUCCCUCUCCCUUUGGCGUCACACGCACACGCGCGCGCGCGCAGGCUCCCGAACUCUAGGCCGGGCGACUCGGCCGCCUCCUCGCGCGCGCCUUCACGCACAACAUUUACGGCCUUACACACACACACACACCUCCGCGCGCACCCCCGCUCGUCAUCACCUUCGUCGUUUCCAAUCGCUUUCUCGUAGUCGCGCGAGCUUCCACAGCCGAGUCGCCUCCGCCGCCGCCGCCUCUCCCCCCCUCCCCUCCGGUUGUGUGGCUCCCGUGGUCUCCGCAUCUCGGACUGUCACUCCGGUGUGAGAGGCUGUUUGCAUUCUGAGAGACCUCCGCUUCCUUCGAGAGAGAAAGAGACAGAGAGACCAAGGCCGGCAUGUCCGGGCAGCAGCAGCAGCAACAACUGCCGGCGACGGCUCCUCUGGCGCCGAGCAACCCGACUCCCUCGCCGGCCUCGGCCGCGCUCCUCCUUCACCCUCCGCCGCCACCGCCGCCACCGCCGGCCACUUCGGCCCCGCCGCCGCCUCCUCCUCCGCCCGCCGUAGUGGCGGCCCCGGCGGCGACGACGACGACGACGGCAGCGGCAACAACAGUCUCGGCUGUCUCCUCGGCUGGGCCCAUGUCUGCCGGGAGCGGCAGUAGCGCCCCGGCUCCUUUCCCUCACUGCGGCGAUCCAGCCCUCAACGAGCAAGAGAAAGAGCUCAAACGGCGCCUUAAGCGGCUCUACCCGGCCGUGGACGAGCAGGAAACGCCGCUCCCUCGCUCUUGGAGCCCGAAAGACAAAUUCAGCUACAUCGGCCUCUCUCAGAACAACCUGCGCGUCCACUACAAAGGCCAUGGGAAAACUCCAAAAGAUGCUGCUUCUGUUCGUGCCACUCACCCCAUACCUGCUGCUUGUGGAAUAUAUUAUUUUGAAGUAAAAAUUGUCAGUAAAGGAAGAGAUGGUUAUAUGGGAAUUGGGCUCUCAGCUCAAGGAGUGAACAUGAACAGACUGCCAGGUUGGGAUAAACAUUCAUAUGGUUACCAUGGAGAUGAUGGGCACUCAUUUUGUUCCUCGGGAACUGGACAGCCCUAUGGUCCAACAUUUACAACUGGUGAUGUCAUUGGUUGUUGUGUAAACCUUAUCAACAAUACCUGCUUCUACACAAAGAAUGGGCAUAGUUUGGGUAUUGCUUUUACAGACUUGCCGCCAAAUCUAUAUCCCACAGUUGGACUUCAAACACCUGGAGAAGUGGUGGAUGCUAAUUUUGGACAACAUCCAUUUGUAUUUGACAUUGAAGAUUAUAUGCGUGAAUGGAGAACCAAAACUCAGGCUCAGAUUGACAGAUUCCCUAUAGGAGACCGGGAAGGAGAAUGGCAGACGAUGAUCCAAAAGAUGGUUUCAUCUUAUUUGGUACAUCAUGGAUACUGUGCAACAGCAGAGGCAUUUGCUAGAUCUACUGACCAGACUGUACUAGAAGAAUUAGCUUCCAUUAAAAAUAGACAAAGAAUUCAGAAACUGGUUCUAGCAGGAAGAAUGGGAGAGGCCAUUGAAACAACACAGCAGUUGUACCCAAGUCUAUUAGAAAGAAAUCCUAAUCUUUUAUUUGCUUUGAAGGUACGUCAGUUUAUAGAAAUGGUUAAUGGUACAGACAGCGAAGUACGGUGUCUAGGAGGUCACAGUCCAAAAUCUCAAGAUAGCUAUCCUGUUAGUCCACGAUCAUUUAGUAGUCCUAGUAUGAGUCCCAGCCAUGGAAUGAAUAUCCAUAGUCUAUCAACGGGCAAAGGAAGUAGCACGCACUGUUCUGGUUUUGAAAAUAGUUGCAGUAAUGGAGUGAUAUCAAACAAAGUUCAUCAGUCAUAUUGUCACAGUAAACAUCAGUCUACCAGUUUAAAUGUACCAGAACUCAACAAUAUAAAUGUAACAAGAUCACAACAGAUCAACAACUAUUCCAGCAAUGAUGUAGACAUGGAAACAGAUCACUAUUCUAAUGGAGUUGCAGAGACAUCAUCCAAUGGUUUCUUAAAUGGUAGUUCUAAACACGAUCAUGAAAUGGAAGAAUGUGACACAGAAAUGGAGGUGGAUUCCAGUCAGUUAAGACGCCAACUAUGUGGAGGUAGCCAAGCAGCUAUUGAAAGAAUGAUUCACUUUGGCAGAGAAUUGCAAGCUAUGAGCGAACAACUAAGAAGGGAGUGUGGCAAAAACUCACAAAACAAGAAAAUGCUCAAAGAUGCAUUCAGUUUACUUGCAUAUUCUGAUCCAUGGAAUAGUCCAGUUGGAAAUCAGCUGGAUCCCAUUCAGAGAGAGCCUGUAUGUUCAGUUCUCAACAGUGCAAUACUUGAGACACACAAUCUACCAAAGCAACCUCCUCUUGCUCUCGCAAUGGGACAGGCUUCACAGUGUCUAGGUCUGAUGGCCCGAUCAGGAAUUGGAUCCUGUGCAUUUGCCACAGUGGAAGAUUAUCUACACUAGCUAUGCAUCUGAAGGUGUCCAUGGUGUAUAAUGUGGCAUAUAUUCAACAUGAAAGUAGACCAACUCUGCCAAUUGGGAGUUUGGAUUUUUUUUAAUUAUGUACUAAGGACAGGUCUGUUGCUUUACAUUGCUUCCUAGUUUACAGCAUGAUGCAAAUGAUUUUCUAAACUACUGUUAGGAGAUAUUUUCCAUCUUUAACCAGAGUUAAAUAUCAUCAGUAACAUCAGAUUGAAAAACCUUUGAAUUGUUACAAACAAACCAAAAAGUUCUGCCUUCCUCCUGGAGGGCAGGGCAAAAUAGAUAAUGUUGUGGAUGUGUUAGUAUGUGGGUGAUGUAAACUUCAAGCAGAAUAAUUUGCCAACUUUCACCCUCAUUACAUAGAUCAAUCAAUGUAAUUUGCAAACUGCAUAUGUACCUGACAGUUUGGCUGUAUAGUAUUGAUGGGAAGAAAUAUUUUUAAUGUGUACUGUAAAACUUGAAAUACUCAGGAGCUGAGUGAAUAUGUUUGUUGCUACUUACAAUCUCAACCUGUUUCCUAGUGGUUUUUGUUUUAACAUGGUUGUUUCAGCUCUGUUUCCUGUUUAACUGCAAACAACUUUUGUUGUAGACUCACCUGUUUAACUGUUGUAUUAUAACAGUAUUACAUGUCAACACAGUGUGGUUAUGGCCUAUUUAUAUAAAAACCAAAUAUUUAG